GCCUCCCCACAGAGAGAAGAUGAAGGAACCGCGGGACCCUGCAGACCCAACCCAGCAGCAUCCUGAGCAGGGCUCAGGCGUGCCGCGGGGAGGGGAACUACAGAUUGGGCUCCUCAGAGCCACUGUCCCCGGAACCAAGCUCUCCCUGGGUUCCUCUCCAAAUGACCACACGGGGUCAUACACCACUGUAUUGGCCGGGGGGGGGGGCAGCGUUGCAACGCGGCGGGGGGGGCGGGGGAUGGACCGGGACACAGAACGAACCAACCGGCAGAAGGGGAUGACACCCCACUGCAAGGGACGGCGACUACCGGCGCGGCCGCAAAAGAAGCAGGAGAAGGAGAGGGGUUGGCAAUGGGAACGGGUCUUCCCGCGGCUCAUUGACACUGCCCCCUCCGCCUCCAACCUGGUUUUUUUUGGGGGCCACGGAGGCCCGCCGCCGCACCACGAAGACGUUUACCCACUAGAAAAACAUCAGAAUAAGCCCUCUACUGUCCUCCAAGGAUGA